AUGAUGAUAAGAUUCUUUCCCCUCAGAAUACAGACUCGUCUGAAGUCCGACUACCCGCUGCUGACUUUUGAGCAACUGGUUUCCACAAAUGGAAUAAGAAAAGGCCAAACUUGUAGAAUUUCUUUGAGAGAUUACCUAGAGUGGCAAAAUUUUCCUAAUAUAAUGAAGAGAGAAAACUUCUUCACACAAAGAAAAUCCGUGUCUACGGUAUCUCAAGAAGACCCCUUUUUAUUUGAUAACCUCCUCGAUUAUGACCCGCUAUUCAGCAGGUGCCUUGCCAAAUGGCUGCUCGUCAAUUAUAAAUUAAAUGACUAUCCUUACUACGACCUUAACAUUGUCAAUAUUUAUACGGAUUUACCUCAAGGAAUUCAACUAUGCAAAAGUUUAAUGACGUAUCUAAAGUCGACAUUAUCUAACAACAUGUUCCAGAAAAUCAAGUACUUUAUGAUCCCUCUAUACAAAUGUGAAAAUGUGCCGUCAAAGCUCUUAGAUGGAAUACCUGGAUCAGUUAAUUUGAUUCAAGACUAUCCAGUAUCUCCGGAUUUACUACAGAAGAAGUUUCUCAUAGAGGACCCCGUUCAAAUUUUGAUGCUCAAUGACGUUAUCAAAUACACCACCCACGAUUUAGUGAGAUACUCUUCGCAUGAUGACGCAUGGCAACAAUGCUUUGUGGAUGUGAAUGAAAUUGGACAGAAAAAGAGGACUUUUGAGAGUGACAUUGACUACUCCUGUAAACUUGCAUUAGAACAAUUAUUUGGCGACCAAUCUAACUUAGUUUUUGACAAAGAGCUUUAUAUUCCAACUAAAUUGAUCGAGAUACUAAUGACAAUUAAAAAUAACAUUCCAGAACAUAGACUUUUCGCCGUGGAUACUCCACAAAGGUCAAGCCCAACGGUAAUAUCGAUAUUGAAGAGUUUAUUAUACCCAAGAAAGGUAGGGUCGAGCCAGGUUGUAGAACAACAUUCGGAUUCCAUUUUUUCUGACAAAUGCAGUGGAAGAACACAUUUCAUAACGGACUUCUUACAACUAAAGAACGUUUACAAUGAUAUCAACAGUUCUUCUAGGAGCUGUGAAGUUGAAGAUAUUGCCGAUUUUGUUGAAAAAUGGAUAAGCGCCAGUGAGAGAGGUGCACGGUCAUUGUCGAACAGAGAGACACCCCAGUUAGAGGACAUAAAGAAUAGCUCUUUAGCGAUACUUCAUUCCACAUGA